AUGUGUUACUAUGGCAGAUACUAUGGAGGCCUAGGCUAUGGCUAUGGUGGCCUAGGCUAUGGCUAUGGCUGUGGCUAUGGUGGCUAUGGUGCCUAUGGUAGCUAUGGUGGCUACGGUGGCUAUGGUGGCUAUGGCUAUGGCUGCUGCCACCCAUUUUGCUGUAGAAGAUACUGGUCUUGUGGCUUCUACUGA